UCAUAUGAAUGGAAUAACGAUGGUAGUGCCAUCUGUAGAUAUUUCUUUUUUUAAUAUGAAAAUAAAAUACCGCCAAUUCAAUGUUGAUCGCAUUUUUUCAAUGUUUUGACCUGCAUGACAAUGGCGGAUUUUAUGUUUAUCACAUAUUUUAUAUUAUCAUUGACACUAAAAUUAUGUCCAGGAGAAGAAGAGAAGUUUACUUUAUUAGAACAUGAUUUUUCUGUUGAAAGUGAAGAACCACAAAAAUCUAUAGAUAUUAUGGUUUUUAAUAGCAGUUCAAUGGGACAACAGCGUUUUAAAUGUCAUACUUGCGAGGGGCCAGAUUGUUUACAUUCUGAUAUCUGUUAUAAUGCAGUUACUUGCUGGAAAUCUAGAGUAAGACAAUCAGAUGGUAUAGAAAGUGUAAGUAGAGGAUGUACGUCAUCAAUAGAUCAAAUGUUAUUGAUAUGUAAUAAACAAUUACCACCACGUAUAAUUCAAAAUGAUAAUAAAAAAAGACAUGUUAGUGGAUCUUUAAAAGGUGUACAAUAUUAUGUUGAAUGUUGUCAAACAGAUUUCUGCAAUGAUGGACCAUUUCCAAUAUUACAUGGUUUUAAUGGAGAUAUUGUUGAAGAAAAUUAUGCAAUUAAAUUAACAUUGGCAAUUUUGGGUCCUAUGAUUGGAUUCUGUAUAAUUGCUGGAAUAAUAUUAUUUUAUUUAUUGGUAUGUAGGACUCGUAGAAAAAGGACUUUGACUGCAAGGCGUAAUAAACUUGUUAUAGAUUCUGAAAUGGAAUCGUCUAUUCUACAUUUUUCAUUUUCUUCUCCAACAUCCACUAAUAUGUAUCAUUCUCAUGAACUAAAAGCAACUGCAGCUGGUGAUAGCACAUUAAAGGAAUAUUUGGAUGGAAGAAGUUUAACCAGUGGAUCAGGAUCUGGAUUACCAUUAUUAGUACAACGAACAUUAGCUAAACAAGUAGCAUUAGUAGAAUGUCUUGGUAGUGGCGGUAAUGGUGGAUUUGGUGGAGAAGUUUGGAGAGGAAUAUGGCAUGGUGAAAAUGUUGCUGUAAAAAUAUAUUUUUCACGUGAUGAAGCAGCUUGGGCUCGUGAAACAGAAGUUUAUUCUCAAUUAUUACCAUCAAGACAUGAUAACAUUCUUGGAUAUGUUGGGAGUGAUAUGACAAGUAGAGCAAGUUGUACUCAACUUUGGCUAGUAACACAUUAUCAUCCAAUAGGCUCACUUUUCGAUUAUUUAAAUCGAACACCUCAUUCUUUAACACAUCAUCAAACACUCAAUAUCUGCUUGAGUAUUGUGAAUGGAUUACUUUAUUUACAUACAGAAAUUCAUGGAACAAGAGGAAAACCUGCUAUGGCACAUCGUAAUUUGAAAUCUAAAAAUAUUCUUGUUAAAACUAAUGGUAGUUGUGUAAUUGCUGAUUUUGCAUUAGCAGUAACACAAGAUCGAUUAGCUACAGAUAGAAUUGAUUUGAAACAAGGUACAAAACGAUAUAUGAGUCCAGAAAUUCUUGAACAAACGUAUGUAAUAUUUUUUAUUAUAUUAUAUUUUUCCCAUUUACUUUAUAGUAUUAGGAAAAGAUAA